AUGUCGUUCCACCCUCGAACCCCUCAGAGUCCUUCUCAGUUUUCUCCAGGCACUUCCGAUCCCGCAUCGAGUAUGAACAGUUCGGCCCCGUCGACCACCACGACUCUACCGACUCCCGCCCACAGCGUCAACGGAAGCGCAUCGCAGCCCUCCGAUAUGUCACAGGAUAUCAUCAUGGGCGACGACUCGCCUCAUAAGCGCAAGCGCCCGCUCGAAGAUCUGGGUGAUCGAGAGCAGAAGAAAGUCCACAUCGAGGAUAGCAAAAAUGGUAUCGAGGCACUCCACCUGGAUGUCGGAGAGAAAUACCUACUUUGCCAAACUCCGCACCACGAGAGACUGCCACGCAUCACUGAAGAUCUCUUUGAGAUGUUCGACCUGACUGGCAUUGCCGCAGAAGUCGCUCGCGAAAAGCCCAACGGUGAGAAGAAUGCUCUACGGAAGACCUACAAGGGUCAAAUCAAGAGACUAGGAAUCCUUGGCCGUUUCGACUCUGUUGCCCAAGAAUGGGAUGCUCCGAGGGAUGACAACGGCGAUAAGAAGAGAGAGGUGUACCACGGCUUUAGGGAGUUGUUGGAGAUCCCGGAUGCAGAGUUUUGGAACUCUCGGCAAGAUCCGAUUACCAACGGUCUGUCUGGUACUGUUAAAUCACUUCUAAGCAGAGCAACGACCAUGGCCAAGGGUCCCAUUCCUGUCAAGGAUUGGGACAGCUCGGUCCUGGGAGAUCUUGCACCAGGUAGUGUAGACGCCCUGAAGCAAGGUCUUGCAGGCAAGGCGACCGCACCCGGCACGCCAUCCGCGACCACGCCGAACCCGUUCGCGCGUAAGCAGCAGCAGACAGCUCCAGGUGCUGUUCGACCUCAAAGAACGAAGAAGCGAGGGUACGGUGAGAACAGCUACGAGGGCUACGGAGAAGGCUUCCCCGAUGACGGCUACUCUACAGGAGACGGCGACGACAGGGGAGGCCAAAAACGUCGGAAGAAGGAUAGCGGUAAUGGGCAGGCGUUCCCAAACACGAUGCGUCCGCAAGGCUACGGUUCGAGCGCCGUUGGCGCAUAA